GCCACUAUACUUGAUGACAUCACUCCUCUGUCACCGAGUGGGGCUUUCAUAACACCUGACAAGUAGUCCUCCUACAGCUUGCACUCUCAUCCCUGUUUCUUGCCUAACCAUACUAAGAACAUGAGGAUGCAGUUCACAGAAAAGAACCACAACAGCUUGGUCUUGCAGGCCCUCAACAAACAGAGAAAGAAUAGAGAGUUCUGCGAUGUGGUACUCAGCGUGGACCAGCAGGUCUUCUCUGCCCACCUCAAUGUCUUGGCAGCUGUGUCUACCCAUGUGAAGAAUCUGAUCUCAAGCAAUGACAUGAAGUUAGGUGAUGAGCUCUUUAUCAUCAUCGAUGCUAAUUUCCUGAACCCUACCUUGGUGGAGCAACUGCUGGACUAUUUCUACACUGGUAAGGUGUUGGUGUCUGAGAAGAAUGUGGAGGAGUUGCUGAAGGGGGCUAACUACUUCAACUCAGAGUCUCUAAGAGCCCACUGCUCUGACUUCCUCCUAAGGUCCCUUAAGAAGAACAACUGCCUGUGCUACCUGUUCCUAGCCAACACUUAUGAGCUGAAAGAGGUGGCAAACAGUGCCUAUGCUGGUAUCCGUGACAACUUCUACUACUGGUCGGGCACAGAGGGAAUUUCAGACCUCCUGCGCUGCCCCCACCAGAUCUUUGGCAAGCUGCUAAGGGAUGAGAACCUUCACGUGCAGAACGAGGAUCAAGCCUUCCUUGCCCUGCUCCAGUGGGUGAAACACAAAAGGGGAGAAAGAGAUAAGUAUUUCAAAAAGUUCUUCCCCUACAUUCAUUUAACUGGUGUCUCAACCAAGAUGCUGCUAGCUGCCAGCCGCGAAGUGCUGCUGUUUGAGAGUCACUCUGGCCCCCUGGCUCAGAUGGAGACCAUUUUGAGUGACAGAAAGCAAGAAAGUCCUCAAAGUCUGCUGCUUUUCCAAAGAAAGGGGGCCUUAAUGGACUCAGUGGUGAUUUUAGGAGGCCAGAAAGAGCACGGUAGAUUCAAUGAUGGGGUUUUUGCUUACAUUAUUGAGGAGAACAUGUGGCUAAAACUAACAGAGAUGCCAUAUAAAGCAGCCGCUCUCAGUGCAACUUCAGUCGGGAGGUACAUCUACGUCUCUGGAGGAACAACAGAGCAGAUAUCUGGCUUAAAGACUGCCUGGAGGUAUGAUAUAGAUAACAACUCUUGGACUAAACUGCCUGAUCUGCCCAUAGGUUUGGUCUUCCAUACCAUGGUGACAUGUGGGGGAGUGGUGUACUCCGUAGGAGGCAGCACAGCCCCAAGAAAAUAUGUCUCUCACAUCUACAAGUAUGACGAGAGGAAAGAGAAGUGGACGCUGGCUGGGAAGAUGAGCAUUCCUAUGGAUGCAACUGCAUUGAUCACAAAGGAAGACAAGUCUAUUUAUAUUGUGACGGGAAGAUGCCUGGUCAAUGGGCGUUUCUCCCGAGUAGGGAUGGUGGAUUGCUUUGACACUCAGACAGGGGAAGUGGUACAGUACCUCACCUUUCCCAUUGAAUUCAAUCACAAACCUCUGUUGUCUUUUCAACAGGACAACAUCCUGAGCAUACAGAGCCACAAACAAAGUCUGAACAUAAACCUGCAGAAGAUUAAAGCCAACAAGUCCAUGAACACUGUGCCUCUCUUACCAAAUAACUAUACUUUGGAUUUGUCUCAUGCGGUAUGUUCUAUUGGUGACAACAAGGUGUUCGUGUGUGGAGGCAUCAUUUGUGCAGGUGACAAGCGACCUGAAGAUUAUUCUGUCAAUCCAAAUGCCUACCUGUUAGACCAAAAGACAGGGGAAUGGAAAGUUUUGUCUGAUCCUCCAGAAGCUCUGGAUUGCCCAGCUUGCUGUACAGUUAAACUACCUUGCAAGAUUCUCCGAAAAAUUGUAAUAAGAUAA